CAAUCAGCUCACCAUACUACUCCCCCUUGAGUCUGAGUAGGUGGACCUAACUCACUGCGGGGUUUCUGGGGCAGAACUAAAUCAUCGUUACUUCUAAAGUUUCCGGUGUUUAACGGAGGUGAUGAAGGCGUCAGCUUUCCUGACGCUGUGGCUGACCGUGGUGGCGUGGGCGCUGCCCAAGAAAGAACUUCGACCAUCGGAGAUUUUCCUGAAAAAUCUUCCUACGGAUAAGCUGGACUCUCUGCUGGAGGCCCGCCUUCAAGAUCUGAAAAAUGACAUAGUAAAGAGCUACGAGACUCAGUUGAGGGAUCACGAGACUAACUUAGAGAACCUGCACCGCUACCGACGGGACAAGAGGACCACCAUCUCUCCGCAGCUGGCUACGAAGGGCAUCUCCCGGCAUCUCGGCAUCCCAUCCUACUGGCACUCUUACACCUUUGAUGUUGAGAUCGGGAAUAGGGAGAAACUGACAAUCACUGACAUAGACGUGAAAGAUCGUUUGGGCAAUGUAAAAAUCAUCAAGGUCUUUCCACUUGACCUCUGGAACAUCUCUGCCAUAUACCAGUGUGAAGCACACCUCGGGCAUGUAAUAAAGGAUGGCCGGCUGGAGACUGUCAAAGUGAGGAACAGAUGGACGAAGUCUCUGGUGGGAUGUCCCUGUGACCACGACCACUCAAAGGAUUGUGCUUGCUGCGAGGAGGGUGCGUGCAGGUGUGGGUCAGCGAGCGACACCUGUGUGCCGUGUGACAAAGACUACUACCAAACUUGUGAUUCACAUAGACCGAAGAAGCUAGAAUUGGAUGCUGCCGUAGGAUUUCAGUACUAUCUGAACUACUACGAUCCUGAGGAAGGCUUGCAGAGAGUCCUUGUAGCUGCCAGAGGCACAACAGUCACUUUUUAUAAAAUUGAUGAGGACAGUGCCCAGACAAUGCACUCUGAGAGCGGUCUAGGCACGAUCAUCUUCGCCACCCCCGUCACACACCUGGGUUACGGAGAGACUUUCAAAGAUUUCCACGGCAUCAUAAAGAAGGAUCGGUUUUUAAUUACUUUCAGAGCAGGGGAGAACAGCCAGCAGUUCCACGGCAUAAACAUCGACGCUACAGGGAUUGCCAGCGGGUUGUCUGAAGUGUGGCACGCCGUUGGGAGCGAGAUGAGAGCAUGGCAGAGCGGAGGAAGAGUCAUGCUGGCAGUUCUAAGUGACGCAGAACUGCUAAUUUACGAACUGAAGGCCAACCAGUGGCACGAAUAUCGGGCGAGGAACUUGCAGACACUAAGCCUGGGUACAUCCAUAGUCUACUGGCAGAGCUUCUGCAUGGGGUUUGAGAACUACCUGGUGGUGGUGACACGUAAAGCGGCUCGCCUUUACCUUCACUCUGGCAUGCUCUACCAUGGUGUCCAGGACCUCUCGCCCAGCCACGGAAUCUCGUUCUUCAGAGCCAUCGUGCCAUUGUCUAUCCCAUCGUGGAGGGGUAAGGCUGUACUGCUCACUGGAGAGGCAAAGAAGAUUCUCGCCUACGUCUGGAAUGACACUCAGAUGGUUCAGAUGAGUUAUGUGAAGGAUUUGGAAGUAUCUAUCUCUGACUGGUAUAGUGUGUACGCCCACGCUGACAUGAAACUGGACUCAAACCUGGUGGUCGUGCCAACAGGCCUAGGCCUAGUCAGACUGGAGGUGAAGGCUGUGCUCGAGGACCUUCCUGACCCUGUAAUUGUACAGACGCAGGAGCUGCAGAACAUGAUGAACAGUCUUGAGGUUGAAUUUCAGCGGCAAUCUAAUGUGAUUGUGCUCGCCCAGGAGAGACUGAGCCACACCAUAGAUGGGCAUAACACUAUAAAUGCAGACAUAACCAUCGUCAAUGGAGUAUGUAGCACUUUGGACACGGGUGAGCUGAAUGCUGACACAAUUAGGUUGGAACAAGUGACUUCUGAUGGGCAAGUAAUUUAUCAGGGGUAUCGGGACCACAUGAAUAGACUUGGAUACUACGACAGGGUCUUGGAUACGCUGAAUACCAGUCUAUCGAGCCUUCACGCUAAAUUAGAUGACGCUGUGCCUGCCUCGGGCACCAACCGUCUCAUUAGUGGGACAAAGACGCUGGUACAGGGAGGUCUGAGGAUAAACACGCUUUCUGCUGACCACAUCACUGUCGGGAAACCCCUUGAUGUUAAUGGUAACCUUUACCCUUUGGACGAUAUCCUUCAAGGUUUGGUCAGGUAUAAUGACACUCGUACCAUCGCUGGCCGCAAGACACUACUGAACACACUGACUGUUGGGAACUUGUACACUGAUCUCCUGGAUGACGUCCCGGUGAGUGAUCUUGUCACCACGGAUGGCUCUGACACCAUCGUCGGUGCAUCCUUCCUAAACGGCUUGAGGGCGAACAUCAUAAAUGUGACACCAGGAGGGAUGGUAGGAGGUAUUGACCUCUCGGAAGAAGCAGUGUUACUGACUGGAGAAGCCAGAUUAGGUAGUUGCACAUUUAAGAGUGAUCUAUGGGUGACUGAUAUGUUGGCAAUGUCAAACGUCGUGAGUGGCGUCAACAUAGAAAGAUUGAGCAAGAACGCACUUACCACGCGUGGUGGCAUUAUCCUGGGAUCAUUGGAGUUUUUGGACACUCUAAGCAUCCACACGUUGGAUGCUAGAUACAUUAUGGGGGUUGACACUGUAGAUUUCAUGUCUACUACCGUCUUCAAGAACAAGUCUUCAGUGAUGAGGGGAAGUCUAAUGGUUCCUUCCAUGGAAAUCCAUGGAGACCUAAUAGUAAAGGGAAAAAUAAAUGGAAAGAAUUUCCCUAAUGAUUACCCUCUUAAAACUGACUCCACACUAAAUUUCGGAGCCAAGAGAUUCAAGGAUGUUUACUUCGAUACUUUACGGGUUGGUCCCCAGUGCCUGGUGGACGGACUGCCUCUGAAUCAACUAGUGACCCUUCACACUCCCCAGACAAUCACUGGGGAGAAAACCUUUGCCAAGGGUGUCUACAUAAAAGGCGAUUUGGAAAUAUCCUCCAAAAUAAUUGAUGGUGUCAAUUUGGAUGAGCUGAACGCCAGUCUCUCUUAUAUCAGCACUUCAGAUUGGCAAUUUGAUGUGAUAUUUAAAAAACCUGUACAAGCUCCGUCACUGUCAUUUGGCGGGACACUCAACGCCCUUGACUGGGCAGAUCUCGUCAGCGAUAUAAUUUACGACGAUGAAGACUCUGCAGUCAUAACAUCGCACAAAAACUUUAAACUUGGAGUAAGCUUUUCUAACGCUGUCUUCAAGAGUACAUUUAACGGAGAAAGCUUCAGUAACUUGGUGACAAUUGACAGUUCGCAUAGCAUCUCUGGCAGGAAAGUUUUCAAGAACGAUGUCUCAUUCGGGUCGCUAACAGUUGGUUUGUUGGACGGAGUAGAUUUGGAAAAGCUAGUACAAUCAGCAGUGUAUCUGGACAAGGAAGGACAAGUAGUAAGAGGCAGGAAAACUUUCACCCGCUUAAGCUCUAAAGACUUGGUCACUGAAGGAAUUGAAAACUUUGACAUAAGGAAUGUAGUUACUAAAAGUACCGACCAGACCUUCACGGCAUCACAAUCCCUCCACUCGGUAGUCUUUAGUAGCUUGCAGGCCACGUCCAUAAACCUAGCUACCGGCUUUACGGUAAACACUGUUGACAUACCUAGACUACAAAAAUCUCACGUGAGCCUGAUUUCCCCCACCUACCACACUGGAAAACUGAUUGUCCAAGGACCAGUAUCUGUGCUGGGCAAGCUAUCAGUAGGUACCAUAAAUGGUAAAGACAUUAAUGUGCUAAUGAACAACUUGGUUAUGAAGGAUGAAUCUUCAAUUAUAACUGCAGACUUAACCUUCACAGACCUCACUGUGCAGGGACCAGUUACAACUUAUCAAAAGGCUGGGGCUAAUGGCCUAAACAUCAGUAACAUAGACCUCGAUGCCGUUAAGCUGACUGGCAACACUGUUAUGACCGGAGCAGCGACCUGGGGUCAGGUAUUACUACAGGAAGACGUAUCCGUUGGAGGACUAGUAAACGGAGUAGAUCUCCUAGCGCUCAGCCAGGACUUAAUCUACAAGGAUGUAGAGGGUCUGCAAGUUAUAACAGGUAAAAAGACCUUCCAGGCUGGAAUGACUGUCCAGGGAGACAUUGAAGCAAGCUUCGUUAAUGGAAUAGACCUGAGAAAGAGUAUGUUAACGAGGCACACAGUCCAGAGCAUCAGCGGACCCUACAUCUUGAACAACGUAGAGGCUCGAGGCACCGUUAACAUCCUUGGCUUGUACAACCAGGUCAAUCUCACAAGUUUGGCUUCUGAUAGAACCCUGUGGGACGAAGAUACAAUCUACGGUAACGUAACUUUCUUCGGUGAUGUGAACUCAGGUCAACUGCACAUUGAAGGAAUUUUCAACGGGGUGGACAUUGAAAAGCGCUUGGCAGACAGUGUACUAGUUAAUGAUUUAGACACUGUGAUCACUGGCAAGAAGACCUUCCUGGCAAACACUACCACCUUCAGGAACCUGCGCGUGCACACCCUCAACAGCAUACCCUUGGAUACCUACUUGAAGCAUGUUGUACUCAAGAAUGGUGUCUCCACACUCGGCCAGAAGAUCGUCGUACAAGGAAGUAUCACAAGCCCCAGUAUCACUGCCAACACUAUUACUGUUCAGGGAAGUAGUUUUCCCCAGUUAAAAUUUUUCAUCUUCGAAAGUUCAGGCACAGUAGACGGUGUGGACUACACAAAGUUCCUAAGCGAGGCAGUAUAUCUGCACAAGAAUCAGACGAUAAACUCUAAUCUAGUCUUCAUAAGAGAUGUCAAUGUUCAUGGAGAUAUCUGGACUGGGCAGCUAAAUGGAAUGAACCUGGAGAGAGACUUCCUGACCACCGACACGGAACAAACCAUCCGCUUCAGCGUUACUUUCGGUAACAUCACGACAGGAGACGUUGCUGUGGGUGGCCGCGUGAACUCGUGGUAUCUACCUGAUGAAGUCGCUAAUACUAUGAAGACAACCGGUGGCCAAACACUGACAGGCAGGAUCAUCAUGAAAGGAUCUGUAGAAGUCCUGGGCGACGUGACCCUUUCUGGCCUCGUAGGGACAACAGUAAAAGUGGACAUUUCUGAAGACUCUGUGCAACUUCACAAAGACAACGAAAUUCAUGGAUCUUUAGUGUUUAUGCAACCAGUGAUUGCCGAGACAGUGACCAGUGUCCCAGGUAUAGUUAGUGGUGUGAACAUUCCUGAACUCUGCAACGCCUGGUACCUUGACAAGGCAACAGAUAUCACUGGUGCAAUGAUUUUUAAUGGCCCAGUUAUUCUGCUGGCAAGUAACUUAAGUUUUACUGAAAAUAUUCUUUUAAACCAGGAAGCUCUUCUCCGGAAUCAAAGCAUGUCGUCCCUGAAGGUCUUAGAUCUGCAACGGAACAUGACUCAGACCCUAGAAACCUUCAACACUACGACAACUGCAUUGGAAAGGUUAUACGAGGAAACUUGCCCUCCAGUCGUCAGUCUGUACCGCCACCUUGAGAGAGCAAUCUUCGAGGCAGACCACUUCGCCUCUGUCUACGAGUAUCUGACGCCUUACAGAAGACAUUCCUCGGUAUCCUUCAGUGCCUUAAACAACACCUACGUUGUGGUGAGCUGGGAAGGAGGAAGGUGCGACUCCACUAUAUACACAUUCAUACCCCACACCACUACCAUGACUGAAAUCGCCCUCGGUGAUUCUGGCUACGCACAUCACUGGCUUUUCCUCGGAGCAAAGGAUAAUCAGGUGUACUUAGCUAUGGCUGCGUCAUCUAGUGAUAAUGACUGUGAGAGACAAACGAGUGUUAUUUGGAAGGUCACAGAAGAUGCCACCUUUGUUGUGCACCAAGAGUUGUUACCGGGUACGCUUCUGUCCAGCGUAUCUGAUGGUACUGUAGUAACACUUUACGUUCACGAUGCAGAUAUCUCGACAAUCUACACCCUCAAUCUCUCCAGCGGCAACGUAAAGAAAGUGACAGACCUUUCACUACGUGUUGAUACAGCUGCUACCUUGACAAUGGCAAACCACACACACGUGACAUUCAUGAGCCAUGAAGGAUUAGGUACUGUUAGAGUAAAUGGUGUUCCAGGAACACCAUCUCAGAUUGCAAAAAAGAUUGAUGAUGGAAUACUGCUACAACAUGGUGGGAAAGUGUUCCUCCUCCUCGCAGUAACAAGGAUAAAAAUGCACAGGGAGCAGUACUUCUUGGAGCUGUACUCGGUUGACCUGCAAGAUCAGAGUCUGACUUGGCUUGACAUACACGUCAUGGCUGCCAAACUAAAAGUGACAGCUUUCUUUGCUGGUGUUGAAACCACUGGCUCCUACAUAAUCAUUGCCCUGCAGGAGAGUCGCGUACCUCUGGUCUACACGUUACUAGGUGAAACGCUGAAGGAAAUGGCUCAGCUGAGUACCCCGCGGGUGGAAUGGAUCCAACAUGUAAAAGAACACCACAACAUGACUGGCAUUGUAGACCACUACUUGCUGCUGGGACAAACUGACCGUACCACUGUCCUAGCCCGCCUUGUGAUGAGAGGAGCAGCUCUUCCCAAGAAAACCCUCAGCUGUAACUUGCUUGACGCAAAUAACUUGAUCUAAUCACCUGUAGGGACUUAUUCCUAUUUAUAACCUUAACUAUAAUUUUCCCCAUCCCCCCCCCUCCAACAUACCUAAUUUCUCUAACUUUCUGAUAGUUACUAAAAUACUUGUACGUGCAAAUGUUUAAACAGACUACCAUUUGGGGGCAGGGAGUUUAGAAAAUUUUAAACUAUUUAAAGCCAUAAUAAAAUAUUUUCUUAGAAUAAAA